AUGCAUAUUGGAUUUCCAGGAUCCGACAGUGGCACUCCUGCAAAAGCUUACUAUGGAUACCAAACUCCUCACAAGCCUCGCGGCUCAUCGGUGGAUACUGAUGCAGUCAGUCCCUCGACAUUUAUGGUUGGAUCCAGCGAGGACGACGAUGUAUUUGCCGACGGAACCAACGAUGGAUUGUCCAGAAGCACACACCGCGGGCCCGCAACUGAUGUUGCUGUCUAUCAUGCGAGCCGUGGAAAAGUCGAUCCACAGACUAUGUACGCUGGGUCGUCUUGCAUGUUUGUUGCCAAUCUUCCGCAACAGUUCGAAGAUGAACUACUUGAAGAGGAGGUAACCAAAGUUUUCAGUAACUUUGGCAUCGUAUUCGUCAAGAUCAAACGCGACGCCAAAAACAUGCCCUUUGGAUUCUGCCAGUAUACCAACGACACGGACGCGCAGAAAGCUAUGAAAUAUGGAAAGGGCAUCACCAUUCUUGAACGUCCUUGCCGCAUAGAAAUGGCCAGGGCUCAUUCGUCCUUCAUCGUGUACAAGUUUUCCGGUCAGCGCAUUCGCAUCAGCGAGGCAAGGGAACUUCUUGAUCGCCUCGGAGAAAUCUCAAAGGUUGAGUACCUUCACGAGGGCAUUCGAGCCGUUGCGGACCUCCCGCAGACUGUUGUAGUCACGUACAGAAUGUACGACUCGAAACGCGACCCUCUGAGAAUUUUUGCGAACAACGCGACAUACUGCGUGCAAAUUUACGAUCCAAAGGCACUUUCGACUGGACGAAACGUUGCUCCCCCCAUGCUGCGUGAAGGGAGCUUUCUGAGGCAGUACGACAAGGACCGUCGGUCAGCUUACGUCGGAAAUCUCCCCCCUAGUAUGACGAAGGAUGUGCUUCGAUCCCUGGGUAGUUCGUGCGGCGAUGUCUUGGAUGUUCAACUCCACCGGAAGGAGAUACCGGGCCAGGUGACCUGCUUUGGCUUCGUUGAAUUUUCUCGCCCCGACGCCCCUGAUGAAUUUAUCGACGCACUCAACAACACUGAUAUCGAUCAAUACCGAAUUCGAGUCGAGCGCAAACAGUCUCGGCAAAUCGAUUCCACCCGUCGAGUUUCUCAUCCGGCCUUUGAGACCCCAUACCCGCGAUCCUCGACAAGACGCCCUCGCGUUGGAUCCUUUGAGCUUGGAAAGCCAUCCGAAUGCUUCAAGAAUACUCCGAGAGCUCCCGCGGGCAUGGAAAACUCGUCUCAUCGCACCCAGUACGCUUCAAGCUCCUUUACUCCCGGUCGUAAUCGGCAGGCUCGUCCGACAGUUCUCGGCUCUGGUGCGUCCCCAGAUGGCGCACUGUUCGAUCCCGACACUCCGAACUUGAUGAGCACUCCCUUUUGUGGCCAUCGUUCUUCUCACGCUGAGCGUGGCGAGGCGGGCAGUGCAAGAACUACGACGAGGAAGUCUGUUGAAUUUGAUCUUCCGCAAAGGCCCCAGGUUGCCUUGCCCGCGGCUCCAGACGCUGGCGCUCCGGAAGCAGUGCACGUUUCCAAGCCCGCAACUCCAACGGCUGCGAGUCCUUCGGUGGCCACCGUGCGAACGUCCUCUCCCGUGAACAGAGUGUCCGUCACGAACAAUGGCGAUGGCAUUUCUGCCCCACCUCAGAUGCCUUGGAUGCCCCAUUAUUCGCCGUUCGGGUACCCUUACAUCGGUCAGCCCAUUACGCCACACCCCAACCCGACUGCAAUAUACGCUGGGUACAUGCCGCCCCUGUUCCAGCCCAUGUACGACAUGUACGGAAACAUGAUAUAUUCUCCAACUCCGAUGAUGUCCCCAUUCAGCAACGCACCUCCGACUUGCAGCGAACCAACCGAACCCUCGAGCAAUAUUCACAUUGCCGCUGCAACAGCAGAGGAGAAAGGGUCUGAUCAGGGCUCUGCUACGCCGUCUAAUCAGUGA